AAUAUAAAUGUUAAAUAUUGUCAUAGUAACUGGCAGAAUCCCGGCUGUAGCCCACUAUUUUCGUACUUCCAUUUUAUGAAGAAAAUAAUUAGAUACAUAAAACUGAUUAAUCAAUUUUUAAAUAAAUUAAUUACCGGCGGAUGAAAGGUGUUAAAUAUUUUUAGUUCGCCAGAGUGUGGUGGGAAACGUGUAGCAUGUGCUGUAAUUAACAUUUAAUCCUUAAUUAUCUUCUGUGUGUGUAGCGGUUGUGGAAGAUGGACGUUUGGGGAAAUAUUACUCUUGGAAAUUUGGAUGUGCCGAAUAUUAGAGGAGAGGAAAUUAAUUUGCAAAGUAGUUUUAGAAAAAGAAAAGCUAAAUCUACCACCAUAGAAAAGCUUCCAGACAAAGUUCUUCUUCAUAUCUUCAGUUAUUUAAGCCACAAAGAAAUAUGUCAAAUGGCCAAAGUGUGCAAGAGAUGGCGUCUUAUGGCUUACGAUACCAAAUUAUGGAGAAACGUCUCUCUUCGUCCCGAGAUAUCCGGUUUACAUGUAGGAUCACUCGAGUUUCUUCUUGCUCUAAUUAGUAUUAGGUUCGGACCAUCUUUACGGUAUAUAGAACUACCUAUAGAACUUAUAACACACACCGUGUUGCACGAGUUGGCGAAUAAGUGCCCUAACUUAACACAUAUGUUACUAGAUUUUUCUACAGCUAUGCAGUUACAUGAUUUUAGCGAGCUACAGGCGUUUCCCACAAAAUUGAAAUAUCUUUGCAUAUGCUUAUCUGAGGUCAUUUUUAUGGAGGGUUUUAUGAGAAAAAUUUACAAUUUUAUAAAUGGACUAGAGAUUCUUCAUCUUAUUGGUACUUACGAAAAAGUAGAAGAGGAAGAAGAAGAAAUAUAUGAAGUUAUAAAUGUACAUAAAUUAAAAUCAGCCACUCCCAAUUUGAGGGUUAUAAAUCUUUAUGGUAUCAAUUUUGUAGACGACAGUCAUAUUGACGCUUUUAGUUCAAAUUGUAUACAACUUGAAUGCUUGGCAGUAAAUUAUUGUAAUAAAGUGACAGGAUCUACAUUAAAAACGUUAUUCCAGCGAAGUAGGAGACUCAAUUGCUUAUUAAUGAAUGGAACUAAUCUCCAAAGUGAACAUUUGAUGCAAGUAGAAUGGGAAAAAUGUUCUGUGCAAGAGCUUGAUAUAACUGCAACUGAUCUGUCAACAGAAGCAUUACAGGAUAUGCUUACGAGGAUACCAGGACUUAGAUUCCUAAGUGCAGGACAGUUAAACGGUUUCAAUGAUUUGGUAUUAAAAUCCUGGAUGGAAUCCGGCAUGUCACGAAACUUGAUAGCACUAGAUUUGGACAGUUCUGACAAUUUGACUGAAGAAGCGAUCUAUAAAUUUUUAUGUAAACAUGGUCAUCAAUUAUUAGGAUUAGGCCUUUCAGGAAUGACUCACAUUACUGAUUCUUUAUGGCAAACAGUACUACCUAUACUUACGAAUGCUAAAAUACUGAUCAUGGGCACGCAAGAAAAAUUAGGGGUAAAUAUUCUAGCUGAUCAACUAAUGGAUACUAUAGCAAGAAAUUGUUUGAAUUUGGAAAGGUUGGAACUAAGAUGGGAUCCUGAUAAUCUCAGGUUUUCAGAUAAAAGUCAAAAAGCCAUAGAUACUAUUAGAGUGAAAUGCCUGAAGUUAAAAUGCUUAUGUUUAAGCGAUGGUCGUUACUAUGAAGUAGUAAAGGCUAAUUUCGAAAGAGCAGAUAGAAUGACAGUCGUAAGGACGUUAACAAAUUGUAGGAUUUCUAAUUAUUAUUUAUUGUCGAAUUAUAAAGAUUUAAUUUUUAACUAGUAUAUAAAUAAGCAAUUUAAGUAUUUAAUUUUAAUUUAUAUAUGGUGAUUAAAUAUUCCUUUGUAGCCAAAGCUAUUAAAAUUUUAAAUUACUUUGGAAUAUGACAGGUUUAAAGAAAUAAAUAAACACGUAUUUCUCAAAAAUAACAAAAUAUUUAUUAUUUUUUAUUUAAUUGAUUUUUUAAGGCGGUGUUUCCCAACCUGUGGUCCGCAGACCCCUAGCGUCCUACCAAGAAUUAAUUUUACGGUGUGCGUUAAAAUUAUCUAUCUAAAAAAAUUACACAGAUAUUAGCAAUGAUGCAAAUUUGCUUGCAUAUGUUCGUUAUGUUUUAUGCAGACGAUGGUAUUGCCGUAGCAGAAAAUGAAGAAGAUUUACAACGUCUACUAUAUGAGAUGAAAAUUUCUGCCGAAAAAUUUAAUAUGAGCAUCUCAGUUAACAAGACACAAUCAAUGGUAAUAUCAAAAAAUCCUAUUCGAUGCAAAUUGGCAGCCGAUAGCGGAAUAAUACAGCAGGUAUCAAGAUUCAAUUACCUGGGAGUGAAUAUAUCUAGUGAAAGAAACCUGACAGAGAAGGUACGAAGACAAGCGAUGAAAGCAUCAAAAGUCAGCGGCUGUCUAAGAGAUAUAGUGUAGAGAAACAAAGCUAUGAGCUCACAGAGCAAGACAAGAAUCUAUAAAACAUAUGCCUCAAAAACCAGAGCCGAGACAUCAACAACAGAAAGAAUAAUGAGAACCACAGAGAUGAAAAUAAUACGAACCCUCAAGGGAGUCUCCCACAGGGUCCGAAUAAGGAGUGAAUGUCAGAAGACAGAUGGCCUAAGUGGGCUAAAACAUACCGAACAUACAGAGCAUACAGACCUGUAGGCUGACCACCAAAGAGGUGGUACGAGAGCUGGAGUUCAGCUUCUCAGGAAGAUCCAGGAAGAGAGCCAAACGUACAGGGUUGAACAGGACCUGGUCCUAUUGAAAGAGAAAUAAUAAUAAGAUGUUCGUUACGAACACAACAACAGCAUAAGUAAGGAUUUUUUAUUUUGUUUACCUGUGCGUUUGCACACUAAAGGUGAAGUAAUAUUUGAAGUGUUGAACAACUUUAUGUCUAUUCAUGAAAGUACAUAGGACAAAUAUGUGGCAGUUAGCACCGACGGUGCUCGGGCUAUGACCGGGACACGAAUAGGUCUUCAGGCGCGUGUGAAGAAGAUGAAUCCACCUAUUACCUGGCAUCAUUGCUGCAUGCAUUUUCGGUAUCAUUUGUGAAGAAAUGAGAAGCAUUCACAAGCAGUUGUUAGUGCGUUGGUGUCUCGCGGCAAAGUUGUGUCGCGUGUUUUCGAGUUGAGAUGAGAUCAGAAUGUUCUUUUUGAAGAAUUCCGUACACAGCGUCAACAAACAUGUUAAUCACCUCACUGACUUUGAAUGGCUUACAAUGGCAGCAUAUUUUGUUGAUAUAUUUAGUGCCCUUAAUGAGCUGAACUUGGAUUUACAAGGGAGAGGUAACAACAUCUUCCAUGUCGAUGAUAAAAUUGAAACGAUGCUGAAAAAGCUUGACAUUUGGAUAACUCGUACAAUUUAAAAAAACUACACUCCUUUCCCAACACUAUCAGCAUUUUUGGAUUCCGUUGGUGAAGCAAUAUUGCCAGCACAACUAUAAGAUGAAAUGGUUACACACCUCCGCGCCUUGAGAUCUUCGUUUCGGGAUUAUUUUCCAGUACCCGACAAAAAUAAAAA